ACCCCGCCGUGUGGGGAAAUUCCUGCCCAUAUUCACGACAUCAUCUUGGACAAAGAGAGCAGGAAAGUCGCGGGGACGGACGAGCAGUUAAUGCGAUCUUUCUGUACAGGAAACGCUGCACUGUGAGUUACUACUAAACUCAACACAGAGGACCCGAAACACUACCAGCUGCCUGGAUAGCCUAACAACUAAGGAGAAAUGCACUAGUUCCACCCUGACAGGAAGACUUAAAAAUAUUUUUUGCUUUCACACUGAAGAACAGUUUAAGUAAGGCUCGAGAGUAGUCUGCUUAAAGGGUUUGAAGUCUCCCACUGCAAGUCCCCUCUAGCAUCCCUCCUGAUUUUAGGAUGCUCCUGAUCCUUCUCACCCCAGCCCUGUUUGCACUGAGCGUAUUGGCCGCUCUCGAUGUCCAGGUCCCCGAGGACCCUGUGGUGGCCCGGUUUGGGAGUGACGUCACCCUCAACUGCUCCUUCUCCAGCGGCUCUGCCUUCAACCUGUCGGACCUCAGCAUCUUCUGGCAUCUGACGGACACCAAGCGGCCGGUGCACUACUUCUCCUCGGGGCUGGACCAGGACAUCUACAGCAACCGCACCCAGCUGUACUGGGGAGAGCUGGGGUCCGGCAACGCCUCCCUCUUACUGCGUAGAGUCCAGAUCCAGGACGAGGGCAGCUUCACUUGCUUUGUGAGAAUCCGCGAGUACAACAGUGCCGCCCUGCUGCUGCAAGUGGCAGCCUCCUACUCCAAGCCACAGCUGACCCUGGAGCCAGACUCGAACCUGCGGCCGGGGGAUGAGGUGUCGGUGAGCUGCCUGGCGUAUGGGGGAUACCCGCAGGCCACUGUGCUGUGGCAGGAUGGGAAGGGCGCUAACCUGACGGAGAACGUGACCACCUCGCAGGUCGCCAGCGAUGAGGGGCUGUUCCAUGUGCGGAGUGUGCUGCAGGUCAUGCUGGAGCCCAACAGCACCUACAGCUGCGUGGUGAGGAACCCGGUGCUGGGCGAAGAGACUCACGCUUCGGUCACCAUCACAGGUCAGCAUAUGUCUUUCCCCCCGCUGGCUCUCUGGGUGACGGUUGGACUGGCUGUGUGCCUCCUGGGACUGCUGGUCACCCUGGCGUACAUCUGCCGCCACAAGAUCCGUGAGAGCUGCAAAGAGGGAGCCGCGGUUGAACAGGGGCAGGAAACUGAAGACGAAGAAUCGAAAACAGCAAUGCAGCCACUGAAAACAAGAAAAUGAAGGUGAAAGAAAACGUUGAUGGCAACAAGGUGAAAUGGCUCCCAUUGUGCACACCUCCUAUCAGACAUGGCCACACACACUUUCUGUUCAAGCAUAAUCCGCACACCUAGUUUUGCUGGAGGACAUUUAAUUAAGUUAUAAAAAAAAAAAAAAAAAAAAAAAAAAAAGAUUUUGGCCUUAUUUGAUGUAUCCCGUAACGCUGGAAGACCUACCGUCUAGGACACCCUGCAGUGAAGAGGAGAGGUUUUCACCUAUUCUGUCCUCUACUGGAUUUGAAACCAACUGCAAAACUUUGAAGGGCUUCCAAAAGAUCCCUAUUUCCUUGAUUGUAGUUGUGCUUGUAUUUUUUUUUUUAAUACAGUAUUGUUUAGUUUUUUUUUCAGGUCUACUCUACUUUUUACAGUGUGUGUAUAAUAUAUAUAAAUACACACACACACACUGACUGCUUAUGAGAUAAACAUAGGGGAUGGCAUUUGUCAGAGAGAGCCCUGGAAUCUCGGAAGGAGAGUUGCCAUGUGACAUGCACCCCAUUGCAUAACUUCCACUGUGGGUGCUGAUGUACAGCCAUAAUUUACAUACAUAGAGUUGAGUGAACUAUUAUCUUGGCUGUGUAACAGGCAGCUCUUAAUGCAAUACCAGUUCAGCCAAGUCUAACACGCUGACCUUUGAAUGCCAGGAAACCUGAAUUAUGGAAAACAGUGCCUCCUAUUGGCUAUUGUACCUACCACAAUUAUUGUGAAGGGACCUUUUUACUGAUGAGGCCUUAAAGCCUUUGUAUUUGCAAAUUCUGCUUCCACUAUACUACAAUAGCUAUUACGAUUUGAGAAUAACUUCCCAAAAAAGGCCAAAGACUUCAAUAUGUGUUUUAACGUUAUUUAAAUUCCACUUUAACUAGCACGUGAUUACAAAUACUUUUGAUCAACUGAAGUCUGUUUUGUAUUAAAUUUCAGAUCCAUACUGCAGACUGAAAGUACAUAGACCUGUUUACAGAGCAUUCCGGGUAAACAAGUGCCUAAAAGUGCCUGCUUGUUUGGUGGCUUCCUGAACUUCUCCCAGUACUUUCAGGACACAACAUGAAGGACUGCUUUAAGAUAUUGUUUUUAAAGCCCAUUUUUUUUCAGAGAGGGUUAGAAGGGUAUUCUGUUUGUAAAUCUCAUUGUUUCAGAGAGAGUAAGGAGUGUAUUCUGUCUUUUUUUUAAAACAUUUUUUAAUUACUGUUUAAUGUAAAAUAAUGUUUAUAAUUCUCUUUACAAAAAAAAGUGUCCUUUAAACAAAACAAAAUCUGUGGACGGCCCAUUAUAAUUUUGAUUCAGUUAGAUGAAUAACGUAAUUGCACACAAUGCAGUGGCAAGUGUGUUAUUUUCGUGUCUUCAAAUUUGCAUAAUAGCCUUCUGCAGACUUCAGACAAUCAACCAAAGAAUAUUGUUAGGUCUGUAAACCAGGAAAGCUUUUGUUUUAUUUAACAUAUUAAGUGUAGUGAAAUAUCCAUAGGAGAAACUUCAGGGAUUACUCCUCAAUUAAAACACAUUUCACUGAAGCCCCAAGCCAGAGUUUUUUUUUUUUUUUUUUUUUUUUUAAUAGGCAAUACAGCAUUUCAGUAGUUAUAGUUUAAAUUACCGUAUACCAUAUCUUCAAAGCAAACAGUUACUAGAAAGCAUGCUAAAUCUCACUACGUAACCAAGAAUGCUUACCAACCCAAAAGAUGUUGAUGGGAUGACAGAAGCAGCAGACAAUCUGAUGAAAUUCAUCACCCUGAUUCUAGUAAAGAAUUCACAGUAGACAAGCAUGCGCACCUUUCAAACUAUUUUGUGUGAAAUCAAAACCAUGCACGGCCUUAUUGAAAUUCUCCCUGAUCCUAGUUCCGGAGGGUUGUGGCUACCACUGGUAAUUUUACGCAGUUUUAGGUGGGAGAUAACUAAAUUAGUUAAGAAGAAAAAACAGUUUUCAAUGGAUUAAAACAUUGUUUUACUUUCAAGCUAGAUAAUCACGGGGUGUACUUCAUUAUCACUGUUUUCUUAAUACUCUUCAAACCCUCAGUAUUCUAGAAAGAUGUAAUACUGUAUAGUAGAUGCAUGUUUGCACUGAUACAAGACCUACAGUCAUGUCAGGCAGGCCUGAAAAAAGGAGUAGAAUUUUCAGUGUGCAAAGGGUAACUUAACACCCGUCCUGGUUGCUCUCAUGUAAACCUACAAUGGUGCAGUACAACAAAAUGCACCAGUGCACACUGGCCAAAAACUGAUUCCAAAAUUACAGGGCCAUAUCCUGAGAACACUCCAGUUAAAACUUCAGUUGCCUUUCUAGUUUAAUUGUGUUACAAUUGUUUUAUUCCUCUCAGAAAAUGUGCCUUUGAGUCAGCUAGCAAUGUGAAGAAAUAUCCGAUGGCUCCAGGAAAUCAAGACCACUGGGAAUCGGCCCCAUUCAGUGUUUUUGCAUCUCUUAUUUUUAGCACUCUUUGUAAGGACAUUCAGUCUGUUUUCGCAAACUUUCCUGCCACUGUUGUAUGAUCCUGAGCCUGAGCAUGUUCCUUUGAUCUGAAGAAAGUCUAGAUAGCAUUCCCACAAAUCAAACGUCUGUAAAUUCCAUAUUCUCUAUUUUAGUCGAGUUGAAAAUCCAUUGGAUUGAAAGCAUGACGGUUAAGGGCAGGCUUUACUUCAAACCAGAUGGGCCAUGUCUGUUACAAAGUGUGUGGCGACUACGAUUACUCAUUGUGUUUUUUCCAGUAGCGUUUAACUGUGUGUUUUACUGAUAAAUGAUGAUGUUAGUACGAGUUGAAGCAGUCUUCUUUCUGGGGAGCCUCACUGUUAUAUGGCUUAAGGUUAAAGAUUUAUAUUUUGUUUAAUAUAUUGCAGGCUCUUCAAUCCUCAAACUCAAUGAAUGAAAACAAUCUUGUUCUGCAUCCAAGCUUGUUUAGAAGUGGCUUCAAAUAAUGUGAUCAGGGCUGAGCAGGCAAUCAGACCCAAGACCUAUAACUACAAUUGUGCCACUGCGAUCAGAGCCAAGACCUAUAACUACAACUGCAAAGAAACCUUUUAGCUACAGUUUUUUUUGGUACCCCUCCCUUUCCAUUCUGAAUGUUUCCAAUCAUUGUUUGUGUAUCCGGUGCUGGUUCACCAAACAGAACAUGAAAACAACGAUCUUUGACAACCCACAGGGGACGCUACAACCAAACUCUUGACCCAAACACUAUUUACUCCUGUAAUCGUUACUAUUGAAGGGGAGUUGUAUUUCUUAUUUUGUAUUGCUGUGUCCUUUAGCAAGUCUUAGUUUUUUUUAAAUUGUGUUUUACCACAUGCUGUAAGAAUGGAGCUUCGUGGCAUUGUUGCAUUGAGCAUUGCCAAAUCGAAACAGUCACCUGCUUUUGUUGUUGUGUAUUUACUGGUUAAAUGAAAACCACCAUUUGGGACAUAAUAAAUAUCUUUCAAGAGGUUGUAAAA